AUGCUAGCAACGCAAGUACAGUGCCCCGGCGCGCGCCAGGCUGUGCCCGUGGCUCGUUUCUCUGCGCGUCGUGUUGCGCUUAGGCGUAAUGUUGGCCGUCGCGCCCUUGAGGUAGUCGCUCGUGAUUAUCCCAAGCCAGCGUUUGAGACGGCUGAGACGUUCCAGGAGGCUCAGGCAUUAUCAGCCAAGCUUAAAAAUGCGCCGCGUCCUGUCAAGCCAUUGAAGGUGGUGAUUGCGGGUGCUGGGUUGGCUGGCCUCUCCGCAGCCAAGUAUCUCGCGGACGCUGGCCACCAGCCUAUCGUCCUUGAGGGCCGCGACGUGCUGGGAGGCAAGGUUGCUGCAUGGAAAGACGAGGACGGCGAUUGGUACGAGACGGGCUUGCACAUCUUCUUCGGUGCUUACCCAAACAUGAUGAACAUCUUCAAGGAGCUAAACAUAGAGGAUCGCCUGCAAUGGAAGGAGCACUCCAUGAUUUUUGCCAUGCCCAACUUGCCGGGCGAAUUCAGUCGCUUUGACUUCCCGGAUAUUCCAGCUCCAUGGAAUGGUAUUAUUGCCAUCCUACGGAAUAACCAAAUGCUUACUUGGCCGGAGAAGAUUCAGUUUGCUUUGGGUUUGCUACCUGCCAUCAUUUUUGGCCAGAAGUACGUGGAGGAGCAGGACCACCUUACCGUCACGGAAUGGAUGCGGAAGCAGAACGUCCCUGACCGCGUCAACGACGAAGUCUUCAUUGCGAUGGCGAAGGCCCUGGCCUUUAUUGGGCCCGACCGCCUGUCCAUGACCGUCGUGCUGACGGCCCUUAACCGUUUCCUGCAGGAGCGCCACGGCUCCAAGAUGGCCUUCCUGGACGGAGCUCCCCCCGAGCGGCUGUGCCAGCCCAUGGUAGACUACUUCACGGCCCGGGGCGGGGAGAUCAAGAUGAACGCCAGGCUGCGGGACAUUGAGCUGAACGAUGACGGGUCCGUGAAGCAGUUCCGACUGACCAACGGGGAGGUCGUGGAGGGCGACCUCUACAUGUCUGCCGUACCAGUUGACAUCCUCAAGCUGGUGGUGCCAGAGCAGUGGCAGCCAAUGCCGUACUUCGCCCAGCUGAAGGAGCUGGAGGGCGUCCCCGUCAUCAACAUCCACAUCUGGUUUGACCGCAAGCUCAUCACCGUUGACCACUUGCUGUUCUCCCGGUCGCCGCUGCUGUCCGUGUACGCGGACAUGUCCACCACCUGCAAGGAGUACGCGGAUAACGACAAGUCCAUGUUGGAGCUCGUGUUCGCACCCGCGAAGGAGUGGAUUGGCAGGUCGGAUGAGGACAUCAUCGCAGCGACCAUGAAGGAGCUGGAGCGCCUCUUCCCGACGGAGAUUAAGGCGGACCAGUCGCUAGCCAAGAUCCGCAAGUACAAGGUCGUCAAGACACCGCUGUCCGUGUACGAGAGCCGCUCGGGCAGGGAAGCCUUCAGGCCCAGCCAGCGCACCCCCAUCUCCAACUUUUACUUGGCGGGCGACUUCACCAAGCAGAAGUACCUGGCCUCCAUGGAGGGCGCUAUCUUCAGCGGCAAGCUGGCGGCGGAGAAGAUCGUGGAGGACUUCAACAUGCGCGGGGUGGUACCGGGGGGUAGGGGGCUGGGGUCCGCGAGCUCGCGCUCGCCGGAGCUGGUGGCUGCGUCGGGUUUGCUGGCGAUUGCGGCGCUGGGUGCCGGGGCUGUAGGCUUCGGAAUGAUGUAA